AUGAGCCGUGAUCGGCAACAACGUUUAACACUGGUGCGGUCCAACAUCUCGAGGAGUCAGCCCAUUGCUACUGCACGCAACCUUAUUUAUGAGAAAAAUUACGGUGUUGACAGUACGGCAGUCGAGGCGCUUCUCAAACCUGAUUCCUGGGUGCCGAAUUCAAAUGUGCUGUCCGACAAUCUUAGUGCAUUCGGAUUCAAUGUGUUUGCAGCACUUGUCGUCGAUCUCCUACAUGAGUUUGAGCUUGGGAUAUGGCGCAUGCUUCUAAUUCAUCUACUGAGAAUUCUGACUGCAUUGAACAAGGACUUGGUGCACGAACUUGAUAGGAGGUACAGGCAGGUUCCCCCGUUUGGUCCUGCAACCAUUAGGCGGUUCUCUGCCAACACCUCUGAAAUGUCGAACAUGGCAGCAGCAUGCAACUUUGAGGAUCUUUUACAGUGUUCUAUUCCAGUCUUCGAAGGUCUCCUCCCUGAGGCCCACAACAAAAUUCUUCUUGAUCUCCUUUUCACUAUGGCGCAUUGGCAUGGUCUCGCUAAACUGUGUAUGCAUUCUGACUUUACCUUAGAGAUUCUCGACCAGCAAACCACUGACCUCGGUGAGAAAUUCCGUCACUUCAAGUCAAAGGUAUGCACUGCAUACCACACACAAGAACUUGACCACGAGGUCAAUGCGAGGUCUCGUCAGCAGGCAAAGGACGUCACUAGACGCAUGGAGGACAGCAUAGCGAAUGGCGUUGGGCAAGGGACUGCGGCUCAAAAGAGGGCGGGGGGUAAUGCUAAAGGGAAACAUAAGCCAAAUUUGGAAUGGUCGCAGGAUCCACGUUCACCAAGGCAAUCGAGGAGGAAGAAGUUGCUAAAUUUUCGGACGUACAAAUUUCAUGCGCUAGGCGAUUAUGUUGCUUCCAUUCGUCAAUUUGGUACAACAGACUCGUAUAGUACAGAGCCAGGAGAGCUAGAGCACCGAACGCCAAAAGGCAGAUAUCGCCAAACUGAUCACAGAAACUUCAUACACCAGCUAACUCAAAUAGAAUGCCGUCAAAUUCGCUUACGGCAUAUCAAACAAUGGCAAACAACACGGACCCCUCACACGCAGGCUGACGAAACUGUGAUCGACCCUCAGCUACACCAUCAUAUUGGACUAAGUGAGAAGAAUUUCGACGAGUUGGGAAAUUAUCUCCGCAGUCAUGCAGGGGAUCCUGCCAUGAAGGACUUCCUUCCACGAUUGAAAGAUCAUAUCCUGGACCGCAUGGGGACUCUUGAAUCUGUGGAAAACUCUGCCCAUCCCGACCAGGAACACAGGAUCUUAGACGGCCAUAGCUUGGCACGGCAACCUGCCUCUCAGACAACUCCCUAUAUGGAAGAUGAAGAUUUUGAAGGCGAAGAAAACUUCACGGAAAUAGCCCAUCCAAGCGACGACGAAGAGGGUCAUGACAUUGGCAUCAAGGAAUUGAAUUUCUUUGAACAAGGAAGAAACACAAGCACGGAGUCCCUCGCGGAGGCACUAGACGAUAUGUUCAUGAGCCAUGCUUUUGAUUAUGAAAAUUGA